AUGGCAGAGAAGACAUGCAAGCACCAUGCCAUCGACUCCAAGUGGCUCCAUUCCCACCCUUGCGCGUCCACCCCAACCCUCGAACCGAACAAGAACCAUGACUUUGGGUUGGUGCUGACCAUAUCUCAGAACCCUCACACCACGUCUAACACUACCCUUGGCGGUCGGGAAGCGACAUCAUCCUCGACGCUGCCAGUCCGGCCAGCCAUCCUCGCUCUGAAGACAACGCCAUCGCUCAAUGACAAGGGCGACCCGAAGCACGCAGUUCAGGACCCCAUGCAGAGGUUCUUCAGUGAAGGACCAUCGGAGCAGUCAUCAGUCGUCGCCCUUACCAACGGCAAGCUCAAUAUAUCCAAGGGAUGUACUUGUGCACAAGGUGUCAAGAAGUCGGCGAACAUUCGCUUGUAG